AUGAUCACCCAGGUUCUGACAGUGGAAGGCGCGCCCAAGAGAAAGCUCCGGAACAUGGUGUUGGAGGCCACUAGGAGUCAGAGAUUCGAAAGGGUCACAAGAAACUUAAAGGUAACUAGGCUAUUCUCCACACUGGUGGAAGAGCUGAAGGCCAUAGGACUAUCUCCCCAAGGUCCGGCACAGUGCAGCGAUGUGAUGGUCCCAGUAGCACAUUGUGAUCGCAGCCCAGUCCUACUCCUGAUGGGUGGCGGAAUGGGAGCUGGCAAGAGCACUGUACUUAAAGAUAUACUAAAGGAAUCAUUUUGGUCUGGAGCAGCAGCAAAUGCAGUGGUGGUGGAGGCAGAUGCAUUCAAGGAAACCGAUGUCAUAUAUCGAGCAAUCAGCUCAAGAGGUCACCACAACGACAUGUUGCAGACGGCAGAGCUGGUGCACCAGUCAUCGAUGGACGCGGCCUCGUCGCUCCUGGUGACCGCCCUGAACGAAGGGAGGGACGUGAUCAUGGACGGCACGCUGUCGUGGGAGCCAUUUUUCCAGCAAACGGUAGCCAUGGCAAGGGCAGUGCACCGGCAGCGGUACCGCAUGGGCGUCGGCUACAAGGUCACUGAAGAUGGGUCGAUCACGGAGGAUUACUGGGAGCCGGUUGAGGCCCGCAGUACUGACGAAGAGAGCGAGAUGAGAUCGAGGAAGCCUUACCGCAUCGAGCUCGUCGGUGUCGUCUGUGAUGCCUACCUCGCUGUUGUGAGAGGAAUCAGGAGAGCGGUGAUCACGGGGAGAGCGGUGAGGGUCAAGUCCCAGCUGCAGUCGCACAAGCGAUUCGCCACCGCAUUCCGUGGAUACUGCGGCGUCGUCGACAACGCGAGGCUCUACAGCACCAACUCCAUGGGUGCCCCAAAGUUGAUAGGGUGGAAGGACGGCGAGAGCAACCUGCUGGUGGACCCGGAGGAGAUCGGGUGCCUGGAGCGGGUGAGCGGCCUGAACGACGAGGCCAACUGCGUGGACGAGCUCUACCCGGACGGCCAGCCGUCGCCGUCGGCGUGGCAGGACCUCGUGGCGUCGCCGUCGAGGGCGUCCGUGCAGCGCGAGCUCAGGGCCGCCGUCCAGGCGAGCGAGGCGCGCUUCCGGGCCGACGGCGCCCUCCGCGGCGGCGACGCGCCGGUACAAACUUUUUGA